AUGACGUCGACUGAACGUGUUGCUCUCGCUGCCGCUUUUCUGGCGUGUUUCGCCGCGCUUCUUGCCGCUCCUCCAGGCGCCGCCGCCCAGAACGCGUUUCUCGUCGCCAAAGCCAGGAAUCUGCGCGCCUCUGCAGAUCAAGCAGCGGCGGACCUGAAAACCGCGCAAGCGGAUGCCGCCAAAAACGCGGACGACGUAGCCAACGCCACGCAAGCGUUGUCCGAUCUCCAGAGCCCGGAGGAUUCGGCUCUCAACGACCUCGUUACAAGCGUCUCCAACACAAAUGAGACCGUCGCUGAUGCAAAGUACGACCUCGACAUUGCAAACAAGAUUCUUGCUCUUCGUGUGGCGGAUCUCGCGGCGUUCAAGGCUGAUCCGUCGAAGCAUCCGCAAAUUCCGGCGGCGCAGAAGGCGGUCAGCGACGCUACUCGGCGCGCGAGAAUGACGUCAGCGCUGCUACAGGAGUGGCAGAUCGUCGUGCAAGAAGCAGCGCAAGCGGAAGCUGACGCGCAAAAGGCUCUCAACGAUAACCCCUCGCCGGUGGCGGAGGCGGCGCUCGCGGAAGCGCAGGAUUCGCGCAAAUCCGUGGAGGAGGUUUAUCCGGACAUGGUGGCGCAAGAUCAGCGCGCGCAGGCUCGGCAGCAGCGCGCGCAAAAGAAAUUGAACGAUCUGAUGACGCUCGGUCCGCAGGACGAGAGCGUUUUUCAGAUGGCAGUGGACGAUGCAAGAGCCUCAGUUUCAGUCACCCAACAGGUGUACAAUGAUUUGCUAGCUGCUCUCGCUGACGCGCAGAAAAAUGUUGACGAUUACCAGGCGAAGAAGCAAAAGGCGGUUACCGACACGAAGGCGCGUUUGGCGAAGGCGAAGCAGAACAUGAUGUCGAUUACUACGCGUGCUGCCCUCUCAGCAGCCCUGCUGGCAUGUUUCGUCGCGCUUCUCGCUCCUCCCAGCACAUUCGCCGCCGCGCAAUCCGCGUUCCUCAUAGCGAAAGCGAAGGCGCUACGCGCCGUUGCGGACCAAACGGCGGCGAACCUGACAACGGCGCAGGCGGACGCCGCGAGAUGGGCGGACGAAGUAGCCAACGCCACGCAAGCGCUGUCCGAUCUGCUGGCCCCCGAUACUGCGCUCAGCGACCGCAUUUCAAGCAUCUCCGAUAUGAAUAUAAGUCUCGCCAAUGCACAGAAUGACCUCAACAUCGCGAACAAGGUCCUCGCUCAGCGAAUCGCCGUCCUCAAGGCGUAUAAUGACGAUCCGUCGAGCUUCCCGCAGAUUCCUGCGGCGCAGAAGGCGGUGGAGGAAGCGACUCGGCGCGCGAACACAACUUCUAUUCUGAUACAGAAAUGGCAGGGCAUCAUGCAGGACGCUGUGCAGGCGGAGGCCGAGGCGGGAAAAUCGGCCGCAAAUAACCCGUCUUCGGCGGCGGCGCAGGUGGCCCUCGCGGACGCGCAAGAGCAGCUGAAAUAUGUGGUGGAUGUGUAUGCGGAUAUCGUGGCACAAGAUCAGCGCGCGCAGGCGCGGCUCGCGCGUGUGCAGCAGGAACUGAACGCGCUCCAGCAGAACCCGCCUCAGUACGACGUGAAUGUAUUUCCGAAGGCUGUGGACGACGCGAGAGCUGCGGUUUCCGUCGCUCGCCAGGACCCUAGUAACGCCAGCAUGAUGUCGACUUCACGUGCUGCUCUCGCUGCCUCUCUCCUCGUGUGCUUCACUGCGCUUCUCACUCCUCCCGGGGCAUUCGUCUCCGCGCAAAACGCUUUCCUCGUAGCGAAAGCCAAGACGCUUCGCGCCACGGCAAAUCAAGCUGCGGUGGACCUUAAAGCGGCGCAGGCGGACGCCGCCAAACAGGCGGCUGAAGUUGCCGCCGCCAACCAGACUCUGUCCGAUCUGCAGGGCCCGGACCUGGCUCUUAACGACCGCGUUUCAAUGAUCGCCGAAAUGAAUAACAGCGUCGCCGAUGCACAGUAUGACCUCGAAAUCGCAAACAAGAUCCUCGUUCUCCGGAUCGCGGAUCUCGCGGCGUUUCAGGCCGAUCCGUCAACACACCCGCAAAUCCCGGCAGCACAGAAGGCGGUCAACGACGCGACUCGGCGAGCACGCAUGACGUCAAUGCUGACAGAGGAAUGGCGGCUCGUCGUGCUAGAGGCCGCGGACGCGGAACGCGACGCGGAGAGGGCCGUGAAGUCCAACCCGACUUCGCUGAUAGCGCAGGCUACGCUCGUGGAGGCGCAAUUUUACCGCCAAUCUGUGGAGGAUGUGCUCCCGGAUAUUGUGGCGCAAGAUGCGCGCGCGCAGGCGCGGCUGGAUCGUGUUCAGAAGGAAUUGCUUACCCUGCUCACGCAGGGUCCGCAGGGAGAGAGUAUUUUCCAAAUGGCGGUGGACGAUGCAAGAGGCGCAGUUAACGCCACGCGUCUGGUGUACGACAACGCGGUUGCGGCUGUCGCUGACGCGCAGAAGGCUCUUGCCGAUUACCUGACGAGCAAGGCAAAUGCGGUUACUGACACAAAGGCGCGUUUGGCGAAGGCGAAGCAGAGCCAGGCUGUCGCAGACAAGAAGGUGCUUCAGCUCACGGAUAAGCUCAAGGCUGCGCUGGUCCAAGCUGACAACGCAGAAAAGGCUGCCGGAAUCAGCAAGACAGCCUAA